CACAUCUGGAUUCAAUAAGGGCUUCGAGAGGCCGGAGCAUUCCUGAGCACUGAUGUGGAGGCUGCACUCUGGGGCGGCCAUGGGGCCCUGGCGCUGCCUGCUGCUCCUGCUCCUCGCCCCAGCCCUGCGCGCCCAGCAGCAGCAGUUCAUGGAGUACGUGGAGCGGCGCCUCACCCUCCUGGAGGAGAGGAUCUCGCAGUGGCACGAGCAGAGCAGCCGCUACUCCACGGAGCUGCGGGACUUCAAGAACCAGGUGCUGGGGAUGCUGGAGGCGGCGGAGAAGGAGCGGGAGGCGAUGCGGACAGAGGCAGAGAGCGCAGCGGUGCGCGUGGACCGCCUGGAGCGCGAGGUGGACUACCUGGAGAUGCAGAACCCCGCGCCGCCCUGCGUGGAGGUGGAUGAGAUGCUGAUGGAGAAGCAGGUGGCCACGGCCAAGCAGAGGAAGAACGAGAAGUACACCAAGCUGACAGACUGCAGUGACACCAUCGCGAGCAUCAGAUCCAUGAAGAUCCUGAAGCGCUUCGGCAGUACUUCUGGGCUCUGGACCAAAGAUGCCGCAGGGAACUCCGAGAAGAUCUAUGUCUUCGACGGCACUGCCAACGACACGGUGUACGUCUUCCCCCGCAUGCGGGAGUUCACCCUCUUCUCUGCCACCCGCAAGGCCUCCCGCAUCAAGCUGCCCUACCCCUGGGUGGGCACCGGGCACCUCGUCUACAAUGGACACCUCUACUACAUCCGCCAGCAGGGCCCCUUCCAGGUGAUCAAGUUCAACCUGGCCAACAAGACGGUGGUGGACAGCUCGGUGUUCCCGGCCGAGGAGCAGAUCCCCGUCUUUGGGCUCUCCCCGUUCACCUACAUCGAGGUGGCGGCGGACGAGGAAGGGCUCUGGGCCAUCUACGCCACCAAGGAGGACGAGAAGAACAUAUGCCUGGCCAAGCUGGACCCCACCUCGCUGGACAUCGAGCAGAUGUGGGACACGCCGUGCCCGCGGGAGAACGCCGAGGGCGCCUUCGUGGUGUGCGGGGCGCUGCACGUGGUCUACAACACCCGCCUGCCCAGCCGCUCCCGCGUGCAGUGCGUGUUCGACGUGAGCGGCACGCUGGCCCCCGAGGACGCCUCGCUCGUCUACUUCCCCAAGCGCUACGGCUCCCACUCCGGCAUGAAGUACAGCCCCCACGAGAGGCAGAUCUACGCCUGGGAUGAUGGCUACCAGAUCAUCUACCGCAUGGAGAUGAAGAAGAAGCUGGAGGUGUGAGGGGCCAUGGCAGGAUGGCCCCAUGUGCCCGGCCACCCCGUCCCGGCACAGCCGGCCCUGGUGUGGGAUGGCGUCUCUGCCCCGUUUCCCAUCACUGUGAAAUGAUGAAAUGCUGGACCCCCUCCACCACCCCUGGCCACCCACCAGUACCAGGCGUCCCUGCCCAGGACAACCCUGCAGAAAGGUGGACUCAUUUAAUGAGAUGUUGUUCUCUGUGAUAUAAUGAAUAAAUACUACGCAGCGA